AUGGAGAAAUAUUCAAAGCUGGGUCCUGAGGAUAAUCCCUCUGUGGAAUCCUUGCUCCACGGUAGAAAUGCAACUUGUUCGGAAGAUGAUGGCUUAGACAGCUUCACUUUCAAGCAGCACGAUGUUUCCUGGCUUAAGCGACACAAGAUCUCCAUCGUCUUUAAUUUUCUCGUAUUAUUGCUGAACCUGAUACUAUGUUUCUUAUUUUACGCCUGGCUCAACCACCAAUACUCCCAUUACCCACUUUUCAAAGAGACACCCGCUCGCGAUGUUAUCAGAUUCGAAGGAAGGCAGCUGGAUUUGCUACCUGUAUAUCUGCCCAAUGGGACCUUGAACCCUGAAAAGCCAGGACAUUUCAACGGAAAACCAACAACCGAACUCGCCGAAGAUUGGAAGAGUAUCAUGCAACACCAGAAUAUUCGUCUGCAAAAAGAUGAACUUGGUCCAUUCGCCCAUGAUGACAGCGUCAUCCAACUUGCGGAUGGAUCUGGUUAUUUCGCUACGUUAGCGGUGUUCCAUGGACUGCAUUGUGUGAAAAGAUUCCAUCAUUACAUUCAUCGGGAUUCUUACUAUCCCAACAUGACCAAGGAAGAUACCGCACGCCUCUUGUACCAUACUGAGCAUUGUGUUGACUGGUUGAGGCAAUAUGUACAAUGCAACGCCGACACUACGCUCAUCCCCUUUUACUGGGGAGCUGGACAAAAGCACCCUUUAGCUGUUGAUAAAGCGAAACAUCAGUGCGUGAAAUGGGAGCCCCUGGAGCACUGGAUGGCGGAACAUUCUUUCGACGCCUUCGAGCAAGGUCUACUCAUACAUCCUCUUUACGGGGACCCUUACACUGGAGAGAAGGCGGACACAAUUGGAAUCGCUUUGGGCGAUCAUGCUCUGGAGGUCGGGCAUGGGGGGCAUUGA